AUGAAUGAUGUCAGUACACUAAAUGUAGGAUAUAAGGGGCCUAACCAAGUAUUCAGUGUAGACCAAGAACAAAUGCUUUCCCAAUAUAUCAAACAUUCGGCAGAUAUGUAUUUUGGACUCGCCCCCCGUGAAAUUAAACAACUAGCGUAUCAAUCUGCACACAAAUUAGGUCUGAAGUAUCCUGAGGCAUGGGGAAAAAACCUUAUGGCUGGGCCUGAUUGGUUUACUAAAUUUUUAAAACGAAAUUCUAGUCUUUCUCUCAGGCAACCAGAAGCAACUAGUUUAUCCAGGGCCAUGAAUUUCAACAAAGCGAAUGUACAUUUAUUUAUGGAUAAGCUUCAAACAGUGCUAUUAAAAUAUAAAUUUGAAGCUCAACAUAUUCAUAAUCUUGACGAAACAGGGGUAACGACAGUUCAAACACCAUCAAAAAUAGUUGCGACGAAAGGGAAAAAACAGAUAGGAGCUUUAACAUCAGCUGAACGGGGUGUUUAA